CUCGUGUUUCUUUCUUCCCUCUUUCAUUCUCUUCGUCCUUUUCUUAGAGGGAGGUCCCAAACUUCCCCUCCGUUCUUGGCAAACGACGCGACCAUCACCAAUAAUCAUGUCGUCGCUCGAAGCCAAGAUCGUCGUCCUCGGCGCCCAAGGCGUUGGGAAGACGUCGCUGGUUAUGAGAUACUGCAAGGGCGCAUUCAAUCCGGCUCAGAUCACUUCUACCGUCGGCGCCAGCUUUCUCGCAAAGCGCGUUGUUGACUCUGACUCGGAUACCGUUGUGCGCCUUCAGAUAUGGGAUACAGCCGGCCAAGAACGCUUUCGUUCUAUCUCCCGCUUGUACUAUCGUGGCGCAAACGCCUGCAUCCUCUGUUACAGCAUCACAGAUGCACAGUCAUUCGCCGAUAUGGGUGUAUGGCUCAUGGAACUUCGACGAAACCUCCCUCACGAUGUCGUUCUUCACGUAGUCGGUACAAAAGCCGACAUUGUCGCCCGCGAUCCCUCAGCCCGCCAGGUCCCAUUCGAACGUUGUAUCGCAUACGUCGCCGAGAACCUUGCCCCGGGCAUGGGCAGCACGCCGCCUCCGACCGCAACCCCUUACCACGUACCGACGCCUAUGUCGGGCGGUCAGGCAAUGUCUCCUCCAUCUAUGGAGCCUCGGAGCCCCAGCUCGAAGCGAAGCUCUGGGUUCUGGGCACAGGAGGUUGGCUGGGACGCUUGUCAUGAAAUCAGCGCCGAAACAGGAGAGGGUGUCGAGGAAGUCUUUCGUGUUGUCACCCGCAAGCUUGUUGAGCAGAACCGCAAGAUGCAGCAGGCCCUUCUAAUGGCCACUGCCAUCCCUGGUACACCAGGUUACGAAGCCGGCAUGGACGGAGGCUAUUUUGCAGGUGCAGACGCACGAGGGAGUUUCCGAGUAGGCCGCGAUCGUCGAAGUUGGCUCUUCUCGCCAGGUUUCUCGCCCGCCGUUACGGUCGAGCAGGCGGGAACCCAGGAGCAGACACAAGCAGACGGCUGGGAUCGAAAAGAGCGCAAGAAGUGCUGUUGA